AUGGAUGAAAAACAAGAUUUUGAUGCUCCAUUGUGUCUUUAUGUUGAUGAAACUGCUGGAGUAGACGAUAAGGAUGGUGGUUCUAUUGAAAAUCCGCUUCGUACAGUGUUAAAAGCUUUUGAAAUUGGCAAUGAUUAUGCAAAGAUAUAUAUUCGAAAAGUACCAGAUGAUGAAUAUAAAGAAAUUACAGCUACAGGCCUUAAGAAGGCUAAAAAGGCUUAUUCUAUUUUUUUAAAGAAGCAGCAAAAAUUGGAAGAGACUUUGUGUCAUAUGAAAAUUCAAGAGUCUACUAAUAAAAAAGAACAUGAGCAGUGGGAUCAUGUUGGAAAUAGUGUUUUUGAUAAAAAUAAGGACCUUGAUAAGUCUGUGAAUAUUAAGAUUCGUCAGGCAAAAGAUUUUCGAACAAUGUUUGUUAAGGUUUCGGGAUGGAUUCAUCGUUUACGACAUCAAAAAGAUUUGAUUUUUGUUAUUCUUCGUGAUGGGACUGGGUAUCUUCAAUGUGUAAUAAGUGGGAAUAUGGCACGAACUUCUCAUGCUUUAACUCUUACAGUUGAGACAACUCUUACAUUUUAUGGGACAAUUACAGUAUUACCUGAUGGGAAAACUGCUCCGGAUAACCAUGAGUUGCAUGUUACUUAUUUUGAAAUUAUUCAAAAAGCUCCUGGAGGAGAUCUCUGUUUUACUAAUAAACUUAAUGUUGAAGCAGAAUCGCAAGUUUUAUAUGAUCAGCGUCACUUUGUAAUACGUGGGGAAAUAUCUAGUUCAGUUCUGAAGGUUCGGGCUCGUCUCUUAGCUGUAUUUAGAGCUGUUUAUGAAAAAAUGGGGUUUAUGGAAGUAACACCUCCAUGUUUAGUACAGACGCAAGUAGAAGGUGGUGCUACACUUUUUGAUUUGAAUUAUUAUGGUGAGAAGGCUUAUUUGACACAAUCUAGUCAGUUGUAUUUAGAAACAUGUUUGCCUUCAUUGGGAAAUGUUUAUUGUAUUCAAGAGAGUUUUAGGGCAGAGUUGUCUCAUACUAGGCGUCAUCUUUCUGAGUUUUCACAUAUGGAAGCGGAGUUAGCAUUUUUGUCAUUUGAUGAAUUUUUGGAUCAUUUAGAAGAAUUUAUAUGUCUUUCCUUGGAUUUGCUUUUGGAGGAUUUCAUUGCAUCUCCUUUGAUAGAGAAUUUAAAUCCUAAUUUUAAAAAGCCGCAAAGACCUUUUUUGCGAAUGAAAUAUGUUGAUGCUAUUAAAUAUUGCAAUGAACAUGAUAUUUUGAAUUCUAAUGGCGAACAUUAUAUAUUUGGCGAAGAUAUUACUGAAUUUGCAGAGAGGAAAAUAGUUGAUCAAAUUCAACAACCUAUUUUUUUAAUAGAAUUUCCUGCUACUUUGAAAUCAUUUUAUAUGAAACGUAUCUCUGGGAAUACUGACUUUACAGAAAGUGUUGAUUUGUUGUUUCCUGGCGUUGGGGAAGUGGUUGGUGGUAGUAUGAGAAUUUUUGAUUUUGAUGAGUUAAUAGAAGCAUUUAAAAGAGAAAAUAUUGACCCUUCACCAUAUUAUUGGUUCGUUUUGUAUCUUGAUUUAAGAAAAUAUGGUACAUGUCCUCAUGGUGGGUAUGGAGUUGGUUUAGAAAGGAUAUUGGCAUGGAUAACAAAUAGAAAUACUGUAAAGGAAUGCAGUUUGUAUCCAAGGUUUACUGGGAGAUGUAAACCGUAA